GGCAAGAGUUAUGAGUUUCCUUAGUUUUCCCAAAAGUCCCCUAAAAUUUAACCAGAAUCUAAACUAAACGGUGCACGAUUCCUGUUUUAAAGGAUUUUCAAGUGAGAGCGCUGAUACCGGAAUAAUGCCCCCCUUCCGGGUAAGACUUAUCUGGAUUUAUGAUUUUUAUCCAUUGAAAUAUUUAGGAAUAACAGAGGAAAACAUAUUUUAGGAACGUGUUCAUUGAAAUCAAAGUGUAUUUUACUCUAAGCUUAAAUAAGACGUGAAAAAUACCAGCAAAAAUGAAAUAUUUAAUGUUAAAUAUAAAUGGUGUUGCUUCGCGAAUAUACGAAUAAAGACCCUAGAUAGAUCACUGGUGAAAAUCUCAAGAUAUUAUGGGUUUGUAUUUUUUUUUACUUUUUAAAAGUGCUGUUAUCUCAUAAAUUGCAAUAAAGGUGUUUUUCUAAAAUCCUGUCCUAGCAAACCAUUAAGCUUUGAUAUUUUGAAAAUAUACAUGGUGAUAUCAGCUUAAUGAUCCUUAAUGGGUUAAUUAACCAUCAAGUUAAUUAGCAAAUGUGUCCAAAUGCACUAGACUUUAUUAUUCUACUCUGUCUAAUGCCAGACAAUUUUACCCGUCAAGGAGAACCUUGCACAUUUCUAGGUUAAGGUAUCGUAAAAAACUGGCAGCCCUAACAUAAUAAGCAUGUACACCCAUAUUGAGGCAUCUCAAGAGGACACUACAUAAUGCCAAGCCAUGUACUAUUUUCAGAGGAACCGACACAACAGGAGGAUGAUAUAACAGAUAUAGAUCUCUAUGGAGAUCUGCACCUUGAUAUAGCUCAGCAGAUUUCUUAUGAUGAGGUACAUAGCUAGUUUUAACUCUCUGGUUUUAACUUUAAAAUAAUUUAGCUCACCUUGGACCACAGUUAUAGCCCAACUUGUUCAUCUACUCCUCCCUUUCUCAUAAAGGUUACCAGAACUGCCAACUUCACACAAUGCUACCACUAGGUCCACUAGCACUCUCAUUGACUGUCAAAUAAAAUCUUUAAAACAUACACCCAUCACCCCAAUUACAGUAUGUUUAGCCAAAACUUACAAUAUUGUACACAUUGCAUACCCAUUUUUAUAAACAAUUUGUUCAGAUGAAAGCAAAAUGUGAAGAACAGGAGUUAACAAUUAAUGACCUUCAAAAGGAGGUAAACAAAAUGAUCUUACAACUAAAUACAAGACAGUCUUACAGAACACACACUUACUUUCAAGCCACAAACUAAACAAGUCCUUACAGAUUGUGCUAGCAAAAGAAACAACUUACUAUCAUGCUGUGAACUAAACAACACAACAAGUAUUUAUAGCUUGUGCAAGCAAAACAAACAACUUACUUAUGUCUUAUGCUGCAAACUAAACACAACAAGUACUUACAGUUUGCUAACAGUAAUGUCUUCUAAAUUGUUUAGAACAGUCACCUCAAAGAACAAAAUGAAAUAUUAAAAAAGAAUAUUUCAUCACUAUAUCUCACAGCUCGAAACGAAAUCACACGGAAAGAUGCAGAAAUUAAGAGAUUACAAGACAUCGAGAUCAGACACAGAACUAGAUAUGGACAGAAACGACAGCCAACUAAAGAUGGUCAGAGCAAAUAAAAUAUAACAUAGGGCUAGUAAUGCUGUAGUAUGUGAUGCCCACUUCUAACCACCAGACAAAAAGCCUUCCCAUGUAGAUUACAUACAAAUCAUGGCAGUUCAUUGUAAUAUUACAAUAUACUACCUACACUGGACAGUCUUGAUGAGAUAAUCUUGACAAUUUUUGACACACAUAAUAACAAUACUAAAUGUACACUUGGCGGACCUAUUUUUAUUAACAUUACUAAAAUAAUUGGUCCAUAUGACACCAAGUACACAUAAGAACAUGGCAAACUUUAAAGUACCAUAGCUACAUAUAUGACAAAUUUUGAAAUUUAAAUAUACACUUAUACCAUCGAUUAUUAAUAGACUGUAGUCUACUAAUACACAAAAAAUCCAAAGCGAAAGUUUUAUGGUAAAUAUUGGCCAAAACUAUUGUUGGCUAGGUACAAUAUACCUAUUGUACAGAACUUGCAAGUGAGUCUAGUGAGAUAGUAUUAUAAAAUAUAAGCUAAGCUUAGUUCUACAACUGUAAUUAUUGUCUUGCAACUAAUAUUUUCUUUAGUUUCUCAUUUUUACCUUGCCCACUUUUAGGAAACAUUGCUGCAAAUAAAUGUUUCCUGAUUUGCCCACCUUGAAAAACUUUAUAAACAUGACCCCCACUGUCUUGGAAGUGAUUAGUGAUAUUAGCAAUUUUAAUUGAAUUGUCGAUGAAGAUUAAUCCAUUACGAUAAUAAACCGAUGGGAGCAGCUCUACUUGAUAUUCUUUGAGUUUUGAAAAUGGUGGAUUGCAAUCCUGAUUGUGAUAGAAAGCAUGUUGUUCGUCUGUUACUACACUGCACAUGCUGAUGAUGGAAUAGGUAGAAAAUUAUACACUGUUUAAGAUAUAGAAAAAUAUAAAUAAAUGUGAAAGGUGUUUUAAGAGCUGCCUGCCUUUGCGGAUCCUUUCGACAACUGAGAUAUCUGUUUUUUGAGGUUGCGAUUUUCUUCCUGUUUAAUUAAAAGAUGCAAAGUAAGGCAU